UGGUCAUUUAGUUAAGCUGUGGGCCAGACACCUGAUCUGCACUCCCUCAUUGGGUGACUUCACUGCCCUCGACUGUAAUUAACUGUUUGGUGAAGGGACACCCUAUAAAAGUCCAACUUGCUCCUUCUGAGCUACAACAAAAUCAUUUAGCAUCAUCCUCUGAGUUCAACAUUUCAUCUUCUCUCUCUGGUUUGUUUUUAUUGCAGUGGGGCGAAAAUGAAAGCAGUCUUCCUGUGUCUAUGUUUGGCUAGCACUGCUUGUGCUGUGCCCUUUCAAUACUUGCCGCACUACACAGGAUCCAGACCCCGGGCUCCAGCGACACAGAUGAAACCACCUUUUGCCGGUGGAUUCCCACAACCUGGAGGCGCAGGAGUUUAUAGUGUGGAGUUUCUUCCAUACAUGUUUGGUGCUGGUGCAGCUGGAACAAAUCAAGGACAAACCUUCCCUCAGUACGGUUUCAUCAAGUACUCCAUCCCACAGCCUCCUGGCAGACAGAGCGUUGAAGUUUUCUACCCUUAUGACUUUGCUAAGAACCAGAUAAUUCAGAACUCUGCUCCUAUGCCAAAUGGGCCCAGUCUGGGAAAUUUACCCCCAUUUAGAUUUCCUCCUCAAGGAUUUCCCCAGCAACCAAUGAAUAUGCCAGCUUUUGAUGUCAAUGCACAGCCAUCACAGGAUCCAUUGCAGCAACUGCAGCAGGACAAACCUGUGCAAACAAGCCAGGCUCCUGAUAAAGUUUGAAUGAGUGAAUGACGUCAAACACUGAUAUUUGGUUAUAAAACUGAAGAAUUAUCUUGAAGUAACAUUUUAGAAAAUUAGCAAACUAUGUUGAUAACCUCUCUAGAUACGUGAGAAGACUUUAAAUUAAUUUUUUAAUAACUAUAGCUGUUUUAGAAUUACUGACUGUGAUACGAUGUUACACCCAGGAUACUGCAUUUUCACAGUGUCUUUGUUCCUUCCUUUUCUUUUUAAAAAUAAAAAGUUUUAAGCAAA